AGUAUUGCUAACUAAACGACUCGUACUUUAAUAUCUUCCUGAACAAGUAAAGCAGAUACAAGUAUUUUAUCGAGAAGUAUAUCAUAUGCAAUAUAUGAUAUGUGAUAUUUAAUAGCAGUACAUGUGAUACGAGUAAAGAUUUAACUUUGAGUCGCGUGUUAUAAGGCUUUACCAAAGUACUAGUAGUGGAAUAGUGUUUUCUGAUGCAGCGAUGGGGUGGGCACUGGGUCACCAUUUGGAGCUUUUCGUGCCAGCAAAAGCAAAGUGCACGAUAGUUAUUCAGUGACUUUAUCUUUUUAUUUUAUUGUUAUUGUUUGUUACUUAUUUUAUUUAUUUUUGAUCAAUGAAAUUCCUCUGGAUGUCACGUUACGUUCGACAGAAGACAUCCGAAGAUGUCGAGGAGUACAAAAAUAAUGCCGAGCCGGAACUAGUGAUUCCCUUGGUGUGGACGAGUAAACGCAGCCUGGAGGUCGAGGAGCUUACCAGUGAAAGAGAAUUAUUAUCACCAGGAGCAGCAGCAGCCAUGGCCUCGACCAGCGGGCACAAGAGAAACGGCUCGAGCUCUAGCAUGUUCGCCCACAGACGUACCGAGUCCGGCAGCGGGUUUAUCGGACAUAAACGCCCUGAAACCGGACACAAGCGAGCUGAGAGUAUAUCAACAGCCUUUGGUCACAAGAGAAAUGACAGCUACAGUGGCUUUGGUCACAAGAGAUCUGAAUCCGGCAGCAAUUACCAUGCAGGACACCGCAGAAACGAAAGUAUGUACGCGAUGACAGGAUUGUACGCUGAAAGCGCGGGAAAUAUUAUCGACGACCCUCUGGACCUGCCUCAACAGGGCGAUGGCAGAUUAACACAUGACACAGUGAUCAGAUGUCACAGUAGGAAUCCAAGUUCUGGUCUUGUAGAUCACAGAGAUUUUAUCAUCAAAUGCCACAGCAGGAAUCCAAGUGCUUCCAUGGUCGACAGAACGGAGAAAGAGCGACCGCAAACACCACCCAUUAAUCCAGACUCCAAAGACUGUGGUAUAUUAAGCUGUAGACCGGCCUUUAUACAGAAGUUUGCUACGAUAAAGGUUUUCGUGUUUCUACUGUCAUUCCUCGUCACAGUCCAGCAAGCACUAAGCUCAGGUUACAUAAAUUCAGUAAUCACAACAAUUGAAAAAAGAUUUGAGAUCCCAUCAAGUUUAUCAGGUCUCAUUGCCAGUUCAUAUGAAAUCGGGAAUGUUAUCACUGUUAUAUUCGUCAGCUAUCUUGGUAGCCGCAGACAUAUACCUGUUUGGAUUGCCAUAGGUGCAGUGAUAAUGGGACUCGGUUCAAUGAUCUUCAUGAUACCCCACUUUGUUGCGGAGCCCAACUUGACGACAGCAUCUAACAACUCCAGUUCUGAUAACAUUUGCCGUGUAGUAUCUCUGCGUGAGCAAGAUAUGGGACUGGGUCGACUUUCAUCGGGGUUAUCAUCACCACCACUGGCACCACACAAUAAUUUACGUGGUGACAAUUGUAUUCAAGGCUCGCCAUCAACUGCCGGGCCUGUUAUGCUCUUUGUGCUGGCGCAGCUACUGCUUGGUUGCGGUGGUUCGCCUCUCUUUACACUUGGUACUACUUACAUAGACGACCACGUCAGACCAGAAAGUGCUUCUUUGUAUAUCGGAUGUAUGUACAGUAUGGCAGCAUUUGGACCAGUCUUAGGAUUCCUAUUAGGUGCAUACCUUCUCUCCUUUCACAUGGAUUCAUUUUCAGCUAAUAUAAUUAGCAUAGAUCCCGGCGAUCACAGAUGGGUCGGAAUGUGGUGGGGUGGAUUUUUAUUAUGCGGUCUUUUACUUAUUCUCGUGGCAAUACCAUUCUUCAGUUUUCCCAAGACUCUUCAGCACGAGAAAGAGAAGAUUAAGAUCAUCGAGAAGAACAAGUCGGCGAUUGCUAAAGAAAAGGAAGCUAACAAAGAUUUGAAAAAGGAAGUCAAAAAUGACGACAGUGGCUACGGAAAAGAUGUUAAAGACAUUCCUCGGAGCAUGUGGCGGCUUGUUUGCAAUCCCGUGUACGUGGUAACAUGCCUAGGAGCCUGUAUGGAGUUAGUUAUUGUCUCGGGUUUUGUGGUUUUUCUGCCGAAAUAUCUCGAGACCCAGUUUAGCUUGGGCAAAAGCCAAGCGAGUAUAUUCACCGGUUCGAUAGCAAUACCGGGUGCUUGUAUUGGUAUAUUUUUCGGCGGGUGUCUGUUAAAACGUCUGGAAUUAAGGCCAAAAGGCGCGGUACAGUUUGUACUGGUAUCAAAUAUCAUAUGUUUAACUUGUUAUGGAUUAUUAUUUUUCCUCGGAUGCGACAAUGUCAAAAUGGCAGGAACAACAAUACCAUAUUUCAAUAGCAGUACAAAAGGCCCUGAGCCAUUUCAGGUUAAUCUCACUGCCUCAUGCAAUUUUGGAUGUGAGUGUCGUAUGAAUGACGUCGAACCUGUUUGUGGUAAUAAUGGUCUCACGUACUUCAGCCCUUGUCACGCUGGUUGCACUGACUUUAGCUCUAAGUCUAAUUUUACUAAUUGUGCUUGUAUACACGGAAACUUAGCAAUGCCAAGAUUACCAGCCGAAGUAACAGCAAUUCCUGUUGCUACAUCUGGACCCUGUACAUCACCUUGUAAAACAAUAUUUCCGUUUCUCAUUUUAUUAUUUUUCAUGACAUUCGUUGUAGCUGUUACACAGAUGCCACUGUUGAUGAUUGUAUUGCGAUCAGUGGGCGAAGAAGAAAGAUCAUUUGCACUGGGAAUGCAAUUUGUCAUCUUCCGACUGUUUGGUUACAUACCAGCGCCAAUACUCUUCGGAAAUUUAAUAGACUCGACGUGUUUACUCUGGAAGAGUACUUGUGGUGAAAAGGGUGGUCGCUGUUUACUUUAUGACAUUGAACAAUUUAGAUAUAGAUACGUUGGACUGUGUGCUGGAAUAAAAAUUCUAGCAUUAGCGUUAUUUUUAGUCGACUGGUGGUUGGUGAGACGAAGGCACCAGCUUGAAGAGUCGCCUAAAGGAUUAACCGUUAAUGAUAUCGUCGGCUCUAUUAUUAGUCUUGACAAACUGUUCGAAGAGAAGCCUCAGCAUCUUAAUUUAGCGGAGAAUGAUGCAAUGACGCAGAACUCGACAGAGCACACACCGUCCUCGAUCUCAUCGCCAACCGAGCAAACAAAAUCAACAAACUUAGAAGAAAGUGAGUCGACACACUUGACCCAUGGCUCGACGGACACGACAAAUCACUCGAAACUACUCGCCGAUUUUUCAGACACCAGGCAAGAUGACGACGUUGAAUUUAGGCCUCUUAACAGUAAAUUUGAAUCUAACGACCGUCACGUUUAAUGACGGUUUCGCUCUAGAUACUAAACUAAUUAAUUAAUUAUUUUUUUUUUUUAUUCAAAUAUUUGUGGCAAAUUUUUCAAUCAGCUUAAAAUUAAGCUCGACAUUUUUUUCUACAUUUAUUUAUAAAUUAAUAUUUUUAUUUAUCACAGUGUUUAGUCAGAUUAAUAAAUACAGACACAAUCUUAAUAUACAUAUCAUCGUCACGUAGCCAUUAUUUUGAGCUUAUUAAUUUAUUUGUCACAAAUUAACGCUGACGUAGCGAUUACAUACCUAUAUAUAUAUAUAUAUAUAU